AUGAGCGUUGGACAAGAUGUACAGUUGCUUAAGCUUGAUACACUGGCAAAACAUUUUGAGGAAAAAAUAAAUACCUUAAAAGGAUUAUUAAGAGGAAAAAAUAUAAAAAUAGAAGAUUCAAUUUUAAUUAGAUAUAUUUUAUCUUAUGGAGACAAAACAGAGGAAUUAGUUAACGCAGUUACAAGAGCUGUUGAAUGGAGAAAAGAAAACAUAGAACCAAUACUAAAGAAUGAUAACUUACAUUUUAAAAAUAAUAAUAUUACAUUUCCGAUUCGAGUUAAACCAUAUUAUUUUUUAAUACGAAAAACAUUAGCAGCAUGCUCCCACAAAUAUACUUUAGAUAACCAACCUGUUGUUAUCGGUCGAUUAAAAUUAUGUAAUUUUACAUUUUUAUUAGAUAAUGUUCCAGAAGAUAUUAUAAUAGACUAUAUUGUAUAUUCAAAUGAACAUGAAUUCUCAAUAUGUAAUAAACAAAGUAAAAAACACAAUUAUAUAUGUAGGACAUAUAGAUUUAUUGAUUUAAAAGGUUUUGCUCUUAGGAAAUUUGAUAAACGAUUUUUAAAAAUUUUUGCAAGUACAUCAAAAUUGUCUGAAUUUCUUCACCCCCAACUAGUUUUCAACACAUACUUAAUAAACGCCCCAUCCUAUAUAAGGAUUACAAUUGAAACAUUAAAGGCCUUUGGGAUUAGUAGAAGAACCUUAAAUAAAUUGAAAAUACCCAAAGCGAUAGAGAACGUAGAAUCUGCAAAUUGCGAAUGGUUCAAUACGAUAGUGGAUAAAAAAGAUAUACCGUCAUAUCUCGGUGGAUUAUGUAAGUGUAAAAAUGGGUGUAUACCUGGAUUCAAGAAUGAUCAAGAAUAUAUGGAAGAAUUCAACCUAGAAGAUGUAAAAGCAGAAAUAAAAAAAAAAAUUUUAAAAUAA